GUUUGUGAAGUCUACUACGGCUAUAUUGCGUAGCCAGCGUGGCUUCACCGCGCUUCGAUUUCGCGAGGAAAACCACGCCGUUUCACAACCCACCUACGAAGAUGUUUUAGAUAGACGUCUAAAUAAGCGUAUAAGAAAGCGCGUAAAACCAAUUUAUAACGGUGCACAAGCCACGCCACGUGCGGCGAGGCUAACGAAAGUACUUCCUUGCCUGGAAAGUAGUCCUAGCAGAGCCUUUGGCUUGCUGCUGCUGUUCUUUGUUUCGUUGUUUGGUAUAGAGCUACCGCUUUCCGAGCUGGGCACCAUGGGAAAGGAUGAUCAAGGCGCGGGUGACCCGCUCGACAACGUGCUCUACUGCAGCGGCUUACGUCGGCUCAGCGUGUGGCCGUGGUUCAAAGCAGUUGCCAGCUUGUUGCUGACCGAGCGUCAAGGUUCCGUUUAUGCGGUUCUAUGCUUCCCUGGGCUUUUGUCGGAAUUCGUUCAGCGGGUCGUCGAUCGUUUGCGUGGGUUCGGGCAUACAGUGCCUGAGGUAGCUACUUACAUGCUGGAGCUUGGGACGUACAUACUUGAGCACGGCUUACUGGAUCGAGUACGCCAGAGGAGUGACAGCGAGUAUGUCGUUGCUACGCUGUGCGCUCGGUAUGCUGUUGCUGCUGGUCACCUUCCUCCUAACGCACUCGCUUCGGUGCGAUGGCAGCUCCAGCUGGGGGAUCCAGACGUGGUGCGGCAACAGGACCUCAUGCGGGCAGAUGCUGUUGCUGUUGCGUUGUACCAGACUAUCGCUCGUCUGCAACAGGAGCAAGCACAACAGCGAGGGCAUCUGCCGAGCGCUGGUGUGCAGCGUACAGUCGCAGGAGGAGGUAGCUCGGGGCAGGCGGGUUUGUGCGGUACGGCUGCGGGGGUCGGCGGAGGCUCCAGGCUAGGGGCCUCGGUUGCGGCUGGCUUGGGCCUCGGUCUUUGGGCGCCGCUGCCUGGUUGGGGCUUGGGCCUAGCGGCUCUGGCGGGGACGGUGGGACUCCCGGUGGGCUUCGGCCUAGCGGCUCCGGUGGGGACGGUGGGACUCCCGGUGGACUUCAGCCUGGCGGCUCCGGCGGGGACGGUGGGACUCCCCGCCGCGGCGCAGCCUGGUUGGGGCUUGGGCCUAGCGGCUCCGGCGGGGACGGUGGGACUCCCCGCCGCGGCGCAGCCUGGUUGGGGCUUGGGCCUAGCGGCUCUGGCGGGGACGGUGGGACUCCCGGCGGGCUUCGGCCUGGCGGCUCCGGCCGGCGCGGUGGGAAUUCCCGCAGUGGCGCCAGCAGCGGCAGCAGCAGCGCCGGCGGCAGCAGUGGGAUGGCUGGGAUUGGGGCAUGGGCGUUCCACUGCGCUGCAUGUACAGCAGAACGACCUUUUGGGUGCACCAGCAGCGGCAUCGGCUGCAGCCAGGCAGGCGCGCAGACGUGACAAUGCAGCGUGUAGGCCUCAGCGGAGGCAACUGAUGGCAGCAGCUAGGCAAGCUUGCCAGCGUAAGCGUUCUUGCCAGACUCCGUAUACAAAAGCGCAAGACCAAUUGGCACAGCCACUUCUGUCUCACUCACGGUUCUCUCCGGGGUCCAACGGCACUGUCACACCGUCCGUACAAGCCCGCGGAUCCUUGGCGCUUUCUGCCCGCCAGCACAACGUGACUACCUAACCACUCCCUCUUUCUACACAAUAAACUACAUAAUCAGACGCUUCCUCCCCGUUUUAAUCAAUCGCUUCCCCCCAUUCUUACACGCCCCGCUAUACCGCAACACCUUACCAUCCGCUAACAGCACCCGGCCAUGUUCUACAGCGUUUACACCGCCGUGGUGGGCAUGGCCCUCCACCUGCUCUUCCUCACUCUAACCAUCGCAUACACCGUCGCGGACUAUGCCUUCUUUAGGUGGCUCCGCGCGCUGGAGCCCAACCUCAACCGCCACCUGGAGGACAAGGUCAAGGACGAUCUGCUCAUUCGCGCAAGCGCUCCCGAGCACCGCCUACACGCACCGCUCUUCCCCUUGAGCACCGCCAUAGAGCAACAGCGCCUCAUCGCCAACUAUACGCAUAUCGCAACUGCCUUCGCCGCUCUCCGUCACUACGUUCUCCGCGCACCUGCAAACACACCCGCACCCCAACAAUUCGCCAACAACCGCAACGUGGUCAACCCCCGCGACGUGGAAGGCCGCCUCGGCUGCCUGACCAAUGGCCUCAUCCCCACGCUGCUGCGAGCGUUCCCUGCCACCCUCGCGCUUGCAGGAAGCGCCGCGCUCUACGCAGUCCUCCAGAUCCCCCUGGAAGCCAUCACCCCCAACCUCGUACACGACUACGACAUCUACGUCAUUGCUCCCACCGCAGCCGCUGGCUUCACGAUCCUUCGCAACGCCAUCCACCUCCUCACCAUGCUGCAAGACGUCCAUAUCCUGCGCAUCAUCGACACCGAGCGCGCCACGACCGUCGUGUGCGACGUCACCAUUGGCAACCGCACCACCCACCAACGCGUUCAAUUCAACAAGCGCGUCGCCCAACACAAGCAUGCCAUCGUCACAGCCUAUGACCUCUCCGUAGUCAUGCUUGCCGUCCUCCUCGACGACCCGGCAGACCCGGACCUCAAUACGUACUGCCACGCCCUCUGGUUCUACUCGCUAAUUGUCGGCGCCGCCAUUUCCAUCCCCAGCCAAUUCUCCCUCCGCCGGGCGUCUAAGUACCACGCCCGCGGCUUUCCCCUAUGGAUCACCCGCUACCACCCGGUGGUAUACCUCUCCAACGGCCGCAUCCAGUGCCCGCCUACCGAGCUCGCAUCGGCGGGCGGCAACCUCUUCGUCAUCGCCUACGACGACUUCGCCACCUUCAUGCGGUGCACGGGCGCGCAGCUCCGCUCCCUGGUCAGCCGCGCCACCAGCAUGGCGUCCACUGAAUGGCGUGACCCCGGCAGCACACUCUCCGCCACCGAAUGGAGCCGCCUGCGCCCGCACCUGCACCGCGCCCAGCUGGACGACGAUGCCCACGUGCUCCACACCAAGUGGAACCCCGCCGCCAUCCCGUGGAUGGGCGAGCGCCGCAACGCCCACUGAGGGGCCGACGUUUUGCUUUGCGGCGUAACGGUACACUUGCGCAGCACUGGGUUUGGUUGGUGUCCGUUUUGCUAAGGGUUACACGGCUGGUUAUAUGGCACUAACUAGACUGUUUGACACCAUGCCGAGCUGUUCAGUUGUUGUUGAAAGGGGCCGACGUCUUGCUUUGCGGCGUAACGGUAACGUCCACUAGAUAACGACCUGCUGUACUUUUAGCAUGAUAGAUCCGACAGUAAGCGACCCGACCGGCAGCCCGGUAGGGAGCCGUGUUCCGUGUUCCCAUAAAUAUACCGGCUGUCCGGCGAGGAGCAUGUUCCGUGUUCCCACCUUCCAAAUGCCUCUAAUGCCUACAAAUGAUAAGUUGUAAUAAUAAUACACCGA